UUCCGUGUUUUACCGAGCACAAACUGUGAAGAAUUGUAAAGUGACAGGCAUAUUUAUAGCAAAAAUUAUGUGCGGCAUCUAAGGAUACAAGUAACUCGCUGGCAAACUAAAGGCAAAUAUGUAUAUUUAUAUAUGUGUUGUUAUUUGCAUUUAAAAACACAUAUUUACGUUCACUAGAAAGGCAUACAGUUAAAUAAUUACAGCUAACAAAACGGUAAAUGCCAACGAUUAGCACAUUAUAAAGUAGUGGUAUGAGGGAGUGCUUUUUCUAAACCGUUACACUUUAUGCAUUUCAAAAUGAUAUACAAAUAAUUGUAGUGUGCUUUUUGGCGUUAACGCACGCUUCAGCAAGUGAGCAAGUGAAAGGGGUGCCGACACAACGACACGUACACGUAUAAUAAGCUAUCAGCUGCAAAGGCGGCUUGUACUUGAGGGUGGUAGGCGGGUUGUCUAAUGUCUAUGCACUUCGCUGCGACAAAUUAUCACAAGCAACAAGUGUCAUAAAUUCCACGUUUAUGCUGACAGUCAAGUAUAGGGAAAUUUUAUUAAUUGCUUCUAUACGAGUUAGCUAACAAACAACACUUUCGCGGCAAAGAUGGUAACUCAAAUAAAUAAAAGUGAAAAUAAAUAUGGGCACAUACAUAUAUACAUACAUAUGUACAUGCAUAUGCAUAUUACAUACAAAUGUAUUUACUUGCCUUUGGGACGCACAUGAAGCGUGUUUAAUAUAUACAUAUAUUUAAUUAGCGCACCGCUAUGUGAAGCAUGAGACUGAGAGUCAAACGGGAGACCCCUUAAAAUAGCACAAUUUCUUAACUGCCGUAAUCCUUCGUCUGAGUGGACGUUCAAAUAUUGUUGAAAAUGAAAUUCCGCUUCUGUGGUGAUGGCGACUGUCCCGACUGGGUGUUGGCGGAGAUUAUAUCCACACUAUCCAUGCUGAGCGCCCAGAACUUAGAGACAUUGGCUGGUUUGGUUGCCAAGAGAAUUGUCGGCGCACAGUUCGAGGAGAACGCCAUUAAAGCGAUAACAGCUGAUUUGUCUAACGAUGGCAAAUCUGCUGUGGCUUGCAUACAUUUCUUGCUCAUCAAUGCUUCGCGUCAUGCCGUUAGUGAGGCGGUAUUCAGCGAAGAGAUUCAACAAUUGGGUUUACCCAAGGAGCAUGCUGCGUCAAUGUGCCGCGUCUUGGCGACCAAUGUGACGCAAAUACGUCAGCGCUUGCAGGACAAAGCAUUUAGAAUUAAUGAGCUCUCGUCAGUGCGUUUUAUACCACCUUCGUCAGAACAACCGGAUAACACGGUUGGUUGCGUCAAAUUCGAAUUAAAAAUCGCACAGGAGCUAGUUGAUGGGCUGCCAGAGGACACCACACAUGUGCUAAACAUUGAGCGUGCAAAUGUUGAGGCCUUACUCGAUGAGCUGAAGGAGGUGCGCUCUACAUUGCAGCAAUAUAGUUGGCGGCAAAAGGACAAAACGGAUGUCUAAGUGUGAAACUAAUUUAUAGUGGACAUUUCUUGACAAGGUAUUGAAUUAAAAAUGCAUUUUGUAGUAGUAAAGUA